AUGGCGAGUCUCGCAACUGUUCGCGACGCUUUGCUUAUUUCUCGUUACCAAAACAUAAUCGAUGACGUGGAAUUCGCUCUUCUUUACGAUGAAAGUUCGUCAAGACUGACGUUCCCAUAUUCUAAGUUUGAGCGUUUUGACAUUGACGCUUGGGACGAGUCUGAAUGCCGGACCGAGUUGAGGUUUGGCAAGCAAGACCUCGAUUUGCUUCGUAGGAAUUUGCAAAUUCCUGACGAAAUAGUGUGUUCUCAAAGGUCUGUAUGCGAUGGAAUGGAGGCAAUGUGCAUUUUACUGAAAAGACUUGCCUACCCGUGUCGGUACACUGAUAUGGUGCCACGCUUUGGUAGAAACCCAACCGAACUCUGUCUCAUCUUUAAUGAGGUUCUUGACUUUAUAUACACAAGCCAUCGUCAUCGCCUACAAAACUGGGACAGAAAUCCCUUCCUGCAGCCUGAUCAGUUGCAUAGAUACGCAGAUGCUAUUCACCAACAGGGGACGCCACUUAAUAACUGUUUUGGUUUUGUGGAUGGCACUGUUAGAGGUAUUGCUCGUCCAAAGUAUAAUCAACGUGUCAUGUAUAAUGGAUACAAGCGUGUUCACAGUAUAAAAUUCCAAAGUGUGGUUACACCAAAUGGCCUUAUUGCAAAUCUCGCUGGUCCGUUUGAGGGCAUCCUCGGAGACCCAGGGGCAGAUAAAGGGGGCGAGGGAAAGUCUAAACGGGCGGAAAAAUAUGACACGAAGAAAAGUAAAGAUCGGCGAGAAGAGCCCCUGGGGACAAUGUCUUACCAGACCAGUUCCAAACGGUCGCCGCCGUUCUGGCUUCUGAUUGGUGCCAGAAAACUUGUGUUUUUCUGGCACCAAUCAGAAGCCAGAACGGCGGCGACCGUUGGAACUGGUCUGGUAAGACAUUGUCCCCAGGGGCUCUUCUCGCCGUUCUUUACUUUUCUUCGUGUCAUAUUUUUCCGCUCGUUUAGACUUUCCCUCGUCCCCACUAUCUGCCCCUGGGUCUCCGAGGAUGGUUUGAGGGCAAAAGACAUGACAGCACAAUGCUGCAUGAGUCCGGUUUGUUGACUGACUUGAGACGUGUAGCUUUUUACAAUGGGGAUCCUCUUUGUUUGUAUGGUGACCCUGCUUAUCCCUUGGGGGUACAUCUUCAGGCACCAUUUAAAGGGAACAACAUCACACCUCAAAUGGCUCUUUAUAACAAAGCAAUGAGUGAGGUCAGAAUAGCAGUCGAAAUGUUGUUUGGAAACAUUUUAAAUUAUUUUAAAUUUAUUGAUUUUAAAAGGCAAAUGAAAGUUAAUUUAAGUCCAGUGGGAAAGAUGUAUGUUGUAUGUGCCUUGUUGGAAAAUGCCCAAACCUGUCUCUAUGGUAAUCAGGUGUCUCAGAUGUUUGGAAUUGAUCCUCCACUUUUAAAUGACUAUUUUGCUUGGUAG